AUGGUUGCACUUAUCCAAAGACCUGCUCCUGCUUUCAAAUCUACUGCUGUUAUCGAGGGCCUCUUCGAGGAAAUAUCUCUUUCAGACUACCUUGGAAAAUGGGUUGUGUUUUUCUUCUACCCCAUGGACUUCACCUUCGUCUGCCCUACGGAAAUUCUCGCUUUCAACGAUGCUUUGGACGAGUUCAAAAAAAUAGACACCGUGGUCAUCGGUGCCUCGACUGAUUCUCAAUACUCCCACUUCGCCUGGGCCACUCAGCCACGCAAAGAGGGUGGUCUAGGCCCUGACCUCAAACUUCCCCUACUUGCUGACCGUAGCAUGAGUAUCGCUCGCGACUACGGUGUCCUUCUCGAGGACGAGGGCAUUGCUCUCCGUGGUCUCUUUAUCAUUGACCCCAAGGGUAUCCUCAGACAAAUCACCGUCAACGACCUUCCUGUUGGUCGUUCUGUUGAUGAGACCCUGCGUCUUGUCAAGGCCUUCCAGUACACCGAUAAGUACGGUGAAGUUUGCCCAGCGGAUUGGUCUGAAGGUGGUAAGACCAUCAAGACCGACCCUACUGCCAAGAUCGAGUACUUCAGUACUACUGGUGAUGCUACCUCUCAGCCAUCUAAGAAGCGUCCCCGUACUGAGUAA